ACACACCCAUGUUGAGUCGCGCACACACACACCUCUCAGCUGAUACACACUGCACUUUCUUCCAGUGUGUUGAUGCACGUGCCUUAUCCGGACUUAUCCGAUUUAGUUUUGUUUAUUUAAUGAUGUCUGGACACAUGUUCAAUAUGAAGCUCUGCACCCUGCUGGUGUUCCUCUUCUUCCUGAUGAUCGCUCCCUGUUUGUCCUUGGUGCCAGGUUUCAGGUCUACAGUAGGUGAGCUCCAUCAGCCUGCUGCUCUGUCCUGUGAAGUCAGAUGUUCAGGUCCAGUGAAAUGGAUCAAGAUCCAGAAGCCGAGCGGAGAUGUUGUCGUUGCUCGGUGUGAUGAGACGUCCUGCAGCUCAGAGGAGGGGUUUAACAUCUCCCAUGAUCAGUACCUGAAGGGGAAUCUCUCUCUCACCAUCACUGCAGCUGAUUACAGUAAACGUGGCUGGUACACGUGUUGGUGUGAGGGCAAGGACGUGUGUGACGUGAGUCUUCGCAUUAAAUCUGUUGGGUUCCUGCAGCAGGUCCAUCCUGGAGAUCCCCUGGUGCUGGAUUUUCAGGUUCCUGAGCAAUUGGAGGUUGCGUUAAACAGGAGAGGUCAUGCUGGAGAUGGUGGUGGUGGUGGUGGUGCUCGUGGUGCUGGUGGAGCUCAGAGCUCAGCUUCAGUCCCAGUGUGUAGUGUAGAGGGGCGUAAACUUCACUGUGAUGAUGAAUACAGGAAGCGAACAUCUCUGAAGUGUUUCCUGACUCUGAGAGCAGUGCAGGAGGAUGACACCGGUGUGUACAGUGUCCUGGACACUGAGAACGACGAGCUUAUAUCCACACACACUGUCACACUCGCAGGAAAUGACACAGACACCAACAGCACCCUGCCUUCUGAAGGUAAAGUGGAGAGCUGGGACCUGAGGAGGAUCUUUGAGGAGGAGUUCAGAGGACUGAUUGUGGGAGGAGUAAUGGGGUUGGUCGGCGGGGUUCUGCUUUGGUUUGCUGUUGGAUGGAUAACGAUGUGCUGCAGACGUAUCAUGAUGAAGGUGAGAAGGUGUGGGACAGGCGACAGCACACAGCAGACUGAUCCUGAAGAAGACAUCGAGCUGCACAAGAAUGCUAAUGAUCAAGAUGAUCCAUAAAUUACUUCCUGUUAGGAGCCGUGCUUUAGCCAUGUGGGUCUACACACACACACACACACACAGAGACAUGAGUCCUAAAAGUCUGUAAUGUUUUCUGAUUCUAUAAAGACUUACAUUUCACUUGUCUUUGAGAAUCUGUUAUGUGAUGGUGCAGUAAUCAUCCCUCAUGGCCACAUGGUCCACAUGCUCAUGAUCAUGUGAUCAGUUGGAGCUCAGCAUUGAAGUCAUUCACAAUAAAAGAACAUUAAACACUGCAGCAGCUCCACCUCCAUCCAUCAAUAAUCAGC